AUCCGAUCUGCAUUGCUUAUUAACUCAACCAUGCGUGUUUUAUUUUACCAGUUUAUAUUGGAUAACUAACAGAUAUUAACGUAUGUAAAGUCGUAUUUUUACUUGAAAACUAAGUGAUAUUUAAUUUUAAGUUCAUGUGUGUUUUAGUGGUUUUCGUGAUAUAAUUUUGUCGUGUUUUCUUUUCAAUUUUACGGGGUUUUAUUAAUGUGUUUGAUAUACAUAAAACUAAUUAUAGAGUAGAAACGCAGCGGCGCGGCCUCACAAAAGACUGAUACUAGACUAAUCUGGCAGAGGAUUAGUUAACAAGAAAGCUUAUCAAAUAGUAACAACAAAUCUGGGACCACAUGGACUGAUUAUAUACCUAAAAAGAAACCUACAACAGUGUCUUAAAAAUAGUGCAUUAGUGUAAAAAAGACUAAAGUAGAAAGUUAUAAAGAUCAAAAUGACAAAGAAGAGUUUGUCGCAGGCAACUGGGCUAUUGAACCCGUCUGAACCUGAGGUUCCAAAGAUAAUCUUAGAUGAAGAGGAGUCGAGGAGGAACUCCCUGAUAGGUAGUGUGAUGGACAAUAUCUCUAUCGCUGCAAGAGGGAGAGACUACUAUGUGAAGAAGAAACGAUGGCUGAUCCUCGGCAUGUUUGUGAUCUACUCAGCAUCGAAUUCCAUGCAAUGGACUCAGUACACCAUCAUUCAGGAUAUAGUGAUGAACUAUUACGGUGUGACUGGCAACCAAGUGUCGUGGACUUCCAUUAUUUAUAUGAUCACGUACGUGCCUCUAAUAUUCCCUGCGAGCUGGUUUCUUGAUAAAACGACAGCUGGUCUAGCAGGCGGCAUCUUUGUUAUCAUCACGCCACGCACGGAGGGUGCACGGGAAGCAUUCCAUUCAGCUUCUGAUUGCAGGAAAAUGGAAAACAGUCGACGGCCGGCCGCCGCGCGAGCUACACGCCUGCGCCUCGCACACACGAACACGCGCGCGCGGGAAAUCUGA